UUCUCGCUAGAAUCCCAAUAGCCGAUACGGCCAUAUGCCGUCAAUCUGUUUUGACUCCCGAAAUUUACAGGGCUAUAACGAUUCACAUCUAGAACAUGGCUGACUUCCAGGGUUCCUUUGGUCCCUGGUGGGGAGUGGAGUCAUGGAGACCACCGGCUGUUCUUACUUCAGCAUCAGCCCUGCUUGCGGCACGAAUUCAUUGCCAAGGAUACUGCCAUCCUGGAGGAAGGGGCAGUUGUUGUUGGCACAGCCUUCCCGCGCGUGGUGCUAUACUAGAUUCUAUCACCAUUUUCCUGCUCGCGUGGUUUCCCGUUCCAACGGUAAAGGUUUGUGACUGCCUACUACUUAUUCACAUUACAUGCAUGCUGCUUAUGCAUGGUCGUCUGCCACAGGCUACUACUACCUGCUCAACUUAUUUUAUAAUCCGGCUCCCCUCCUCGUUGUCACUACUUUUUCAUCCUGGAAAUUACUCUUUUGUUACCCGGAUAUAAGGCACCGAGUACUAUCUGCCUUCACUCUUAUCGCCACCGGCCGUCCCUUCCUGGUAUAUAAACUUAUUAUACCUCUACUGGGCCCUUUGUCUUCGCGACUGUUGGCCUCACC